AUGAAAUCCCUCGUAUUCUUCGCUCUCCUAGCGAUGGCCGCGGCCAAACCUAAACCCGGUGGUCUCCUUUCUUCCCUCGGGGGAUUCGAUCACGACCUGUCCUCGCUUAGCUUGUUGCAACAGCCAAUUGCAUACGCCCAGCCAAGCUAUGCCGUAGCAGCGCCUGUGGUCCACGCCGCGCCCGUUGUCCACGCAGCCCCCGUGGCCAUCGCUAAGCCUGCCGCCACCAGCUACUCUUCUUUCCAACGGGUUAUCCAUCCAGUUUCCGUAGCGCAGAUCCAUGCCGCCCCUGUUGUCCAGGCCGCCCCUGUGGUCCAGGCCGCCCCUGUUGUCCAGGCCGCCCCUGUUGUCCACGCUGCCCCGGUUAUCUCUCAACCCAUCGUCCAUUCAGUCUCUCAGCCCAUUUACCAAUCAGCACCAGUUCUACAGUCCUAUGCCCAGCCUGUCCUCCAGAAAUAUCUGUCUCUGGGCUCAUACGGUCACGGAUGGUAA